GAAAGUGAGGUGAGCCGGGGGGGAACCAUGUGCUGAGCGUCGCAUCUGCCGCAGAGGAGCCCCGUCGCAGCGGAGCCCGCACGGACAGAGACCCCGGCAGCGUCACAGUUGAAGGAUGGUGUGACACACGGACACACGGACGGACAGCCAGAGGUCACCACUCAGAGCCAGAUCAUGGCUCCCAUGUCUCUCCUUUUCCUGGGCCUCCUCCUCUCCUUCCUCCAUCCCACAGAUGCCCAGACCGUCAUUGGUUCCUCGUCCUCGUUCUCUCUUCUGGACCCGCCCGUAAAUUUGUCACCUCCACCUACCAAGCAGAGCGCUAGAUUCUGGCCUUCUCUGCCGCCCAAAGGGCGCAGCGACGUGCCCAUCAGAGCCGCCGCUCCAGAUAGACAGACGACCACCGAUGCAGCGCAGCAGGGCAGGAGAUCACAGUCCAGCCCUCCUUUUGUAUCUGCCCACUCAACGCAGAAGAACCUCAGCAGCGGGCCAGUUUUACCCCACCCAACUGCCUCCAGGCCCAGGACUGAUACCGCCAGCUUAGCGAUCAGCCGGGCCUCUUUAAAGGGUGACGCUACUGUGAGGAGCUCAACUCCUCCUGUGCCCACUUUGCCGUUCGCCGCCGUCUCUGGGUCCGCGGGCGACGAGCCAGCGGCUGCGUGGAAUCCAUCGCUCAAAGAAUCGGAGGGUGACGAUUUGCCGGAGUUGGGAUCAGGAAGCGUUCCGACGGCGACGCCCGUGAACGAGGAAUCCCCCGGGCCCCCGUCGACCGUGUUUGAUGAAAUGGCUCAGCACCAGCCCCAGGCGCAGACGGCGACGUCCGAAGAGCUCGACGUCAAAACACCGCCGCCGCCGACGGAGCCGCAACUGUCCGGGCUCACGACAGCCGGCAAAACCUCCACGUCGCCACAGACCGAGACCAGAGCGCCACCUCGGGCCGCAGCGUUUACAGGUGAGGAACCAAAUAUACCGACUCGCGAGAGAGCCAGUGCGCCUCCACCUCCACCUUAGACCACUACUUCUACCUCCACCUCCACCUCUACCACAUCAGCCAGACCCGCUGUAACGCUGAACGGGCAUCGGGGCACCACGACGCAGCGAGCCGCAACCACGUCUACACCCGGUACGCUCGCUGCGACGCGGGAGGCCGCGAGAACCUCCGGCAGGACAUCACGUCGCCCAAACAAAAGCGCCCAACCGGGAAGAAGCACGACGGCACCGACGGCCCGGCCAGUGAACUCUUCCUUCCUCGCCACCGGAGUCCCCCAAACGCGGUUAAGCCCCACGCAUCAGGCCGGGCCUGCUCAGAGUAACCGCUCCAUCCUCCUUGGACAUCCCCACCAAGCCCCCGCCUCUACGUCCACUCCAGCCACGCCUCCCGGCACCUUCCCCCCCCCCACCGGUACGCUCCUGUACUGGGGGGACCUGAGCCGGACGCUGGCCUUUGCCUGGGAGCUGCACGUCUACGGCUCGGCGAGUCUCUUCGUCCUCCUGUUCGCCGGAGCGGCCCUCGGCCUCACCCUGUCCCCCGGGGCCGACUGUCCUCACCGGGGGGCUCUGGCGCUCGCCAAUGCUCUGCUGUUUGUGGCCGGGGGCCUCAGGGCGGCCCUCUUUCUGAUAGACCCCUACGGCACCCGCGAGGUGCUCCCUCGGCCCGCGGUGACGGCCCUCUACAACCUCCCUCUGCACCUGCUGGUGUGGACGCAGGCCGCCCUGGCUCUCCUCGCUCUGAGGGUGGCGGGAGUCAGCGCGCUGCCCCCCCCGCUGGAGCGCCCUCCUCUAGUGUCCGUGUUGGCCGUGCUGCAGUGCACGCUGCUGCUGGCGGUGGAUCUGCUCUCGCCGGCCCUGUCCCCCGUGGUGCCCGUCACCCUGCAGGUCCUGUCCCUGUGCUGGGGCCUGGCGCUCUGCCUCGGCUUCCUCUGCCACGUGUUUCCGCGCAUACGCCGCCCUUCCGUUCCCCGCCCCGCUGUCCCCGAGGAGGCCGGGAGGAAGGCCUGGACGGGACCUGGACGCAGGAUGGGGGUGAUUCUGGGCAGAGUGCUGGCAGUGUGCGCCGUCCUGGGGUCGCUGUGCUGCGGGCUGCACGUGCACGCCACCUUAUGGCUCUAUGGAAUGCUGGGAAGCUGGACGCGCUUCAACUGGGGAUGGUGGCUGGUGCACUUCUGGGCCCGGCUCCUGGAGCUGGCUUGGGGGUUCUCCCUUCUGCUCCUGGGUUCCUGGUUGUUCUGGAGGCCUCACGGUUGCCGUGGGAGGGAGGAAGGCGGACCAGACGGCAGAGCAGCAGGAGACCUGCCGUCCCCUGGACAGUCCACAGGCUCCACCCAGAGACACACCUGCUGGUCCAAGAUAGUCCAGAGCUUGAGGGGGAAGCCCUGUCGAAAGUCUGACAGUAACGGGGUGGGAGGAGGAGUUGGGGCAGGAGGAGGAGGAGGACCAGGGGAGGUGCCCAACAACUGGGCUGGGCAGGAGCGUCCCGGCGCGGACAUCAGCAAGAGUCUGAUCCGGAACCAGAACCAAGAGCCGGCCGGCGCCCAGCCGCGCUGUGUCAAGGACAGCAACCGGGGGCGUAACCAUCGGGGCCGCUCGGCAGAACGCGGCGUGUCCGACGGCUCCACGGGCUCCCUGCUGAGGCUGCAGGCGCUGGGCCGGCCCCCGCAGCGGUCCGCGAGCGGCAGUCUGGACCGGGACAGGGACACCUCCCUGUCUCUCUAUGACUUCGACCUGCGGCCCCCGUCUCCCAUCGACCUGACCCGCAGCAUCGACGAGGCCCUCAACAGGGAGCACCUGCUCGGAGGAGGAAGCUUGUUUCAUCCCCUGACCCUGAACUCGCAGUCCCCCUCCCCGGGGUCAGGGGUCAACCAGGGCCCUUGGCUGCGCAGGAACAGUGACCCCCAGAUGCUCUCUGAGAGCAGCGACGCCCCGACCGAGUCCUCCAUGCCACUGGGGGGCAGCAUUAUCAGCAGCGUCCCCAGCAGGCAGGUGACCGCCCCCCCUACGCCCUCCCACCAGGGUCACAGGUGGGCCGGGAACGAGGCGGGCAGCGUCCCCUCCUCAGUGUCCUGCCCCGUGUCGCUGCGUCCCUCCAGGACGUCGACGGGGAACCUGGGGGAGGACGGCGUGGACGACACGCGGCCGUUCAUCACCCCGGACUCGGAGAGGGCGCGGGGGCGGGCCGGGAGGCCGGCGGGGUCACGGAGCUACCUGGAGGUCAGCCGGCAUGACGACUCCGCCAGCGUCAGCAGUGAGAUUAUAGAUCUAUGAAGCAAACUCAGACGGGACAUUAAACACACACAUUUACCACAAACUGCUCCUCAACAAGAAGAAGAGAGUGAAAUUCAUUCUUUCUUCAUCAAAGAAAGUAAUUGGACCCUGAAUGACAGUUGCCUUUUGUCUUGUUAAAGGUUCAAACAACUGUGUUUCUGGAUCAAAUGUGGCAGAACUUCCACCCUGACGGUACAGCUGGGAGACGAACAACGGAUACAUCUUUCAAUCUCUUCCUCUCAAGCGCACACACACUCUUAUCUCCCUCUCGAGCAGGACGCUGUUAUCUUUUGAAGGGUCGUGCAUUUCAAGUCCUCACGAGUCGUUCGAGGGUCAAAAAGGACAUGUGCCUCCGAGCUUCUGUAGCUCCCACUUCUAUCGUUUCUGUGGAGAAAAAAAUAACUGCAUAUCAACCAAAUGUCACUGCUUUCAUGGAGUCUCUUUGCUGUCUUUGACAUUUCAACGCCCUUCGAUGUAAAGACGUGCCAUACGUGAGCCGGCUUGGUUCCGUGCUGUGUUGGCGGUUCUAUAGAGCCGUUAUCUGGGUUAACUCAGCGUCUCAGUGACUCAGCAGCAGAUUACUUCUUGUAAGCUGUUAACGCGCUGCUGUGCGUUGCUCCCUUGUUGUGCGUUGGCGGGAAGCCGGUCGAGGAAAGAGGGGAAAAUGACGCCGAGGCUUUUAGCUGAAGCUCGACUUCACAGCGAGGUUGAAGCGCUGGUGACGUCCUCUUAUUUCUAUAAAUCAAUAGCGAUGUAUGAUCAAUGGAUUGGAGUCAUUAGAGGCAUUAAACCAAUUGGGGCUGUUUGAUAUGUUAACUAUUGAAAUGCUGCACAGCUUUGCACCACAUGAGACCGGCUUGAUCUCUGAGGAUGUAACUAACUCAACAACAGAGCACUUACGCUGUACGUUGACUAAAGUAUUUUACCACUCAAAAGGAAAAUAUCUCAAAUAUAUGAUGAAUAAGCGACAAUGUAAAUAAGGUUAUUUUUGAUGUCCAUGAAUAAAGGUGUAUUUGAACCAU